GGCUCCGACUGUCCUACCAGACACAUGGCUGGACUUUCUUCAGAGGCGACAGUGAGCAGAAGCUGAAAAGAGAACGAGAAGAGAAGGAGAGGCGAGAGGUUGUGAGAAACGCUUCUUGGAAGAGAAAAGCAGCAACUUGAAGGGGGAGAGAGAAAAGUUUAACACGGAGCAUGGCCUCAGUCAAAGAGGAUGACAUGGAUCAACGACUGGCACGCAUUAAACAAGAGGUUUGUGUGCCGGAAGAGUUGUGUGUGAAGCUGGAAGAAGGUGAAGGGAGAAUUUCAGCUUUUAAAGAGGAGGAGUGCAAGGAGGAGACUGUUGAGAUAAAAGUGGAGCACUCGGGAGAUUCCCCAGUGAGUCUUGAAUUGCAAAAGCAUGAAACUAGGAACAUUUUUAAGCAAGAGGAUUGUGAAGAAUCUCAUUCCACUUCUCCGCCCAGGGUCACUAAUAUGGGACAACUGGGUAACCAGCAGAUUUCUAUAGCAAUAAAAUCUGAGUUUUCAGAGUUUAAAGGAAAUGGGAGAGCAGGAGAAGAGCAGUGGUCAUCUGGGAGCCUGGAAAUAAAUUUCCAGAAGAAUGGCAUCUGCUCCCCAGUUUCAUUUGCUCAGACCUCUCCUCAGGAGAGACCACAGCAGAAACAGGAUGAGAAGAAGAAGACAUCAAGAAGAAAAAAAGAGAAUUUGACAGCUGAUUCUUUGCUGUGUAACCCUCUUCCCAUCACCACUGAUCAACAAGAGCAUGAACAUGUCAGAAUCCACACCGGAGACGAGCCUUACUCCUGUUUUGAAUGUGGCAAACGAUUCUCACACAUACACAAUCUUCACACCCACGCGAGAAUCCACACUGGAGAAAAACCUUACAUCUGUUCUGAAUGUGGCAAACGAUUCUCCUAUAACAGCAGUUUUCAGAAACACACAAGAAUUCACACUGGGGAGAAACCUCAUUGCUGUUCUCAAUGUGGCAAAAGAUUUUCCCAAAAUAGCGAUCUUCAGAAACAUUCAAAAAUUCACACUGGAGAGAAACCAUUUUAUUGCACUGAAUGUGGGAAAAGAUUCUUACAAUUGUGCAAUCUUCAACGCCACCUUAGAAUUCACACUGGAGAAAAACCUCACUGUUGUUUGGAAUGUGGCAAACAGUUUUCAUACAGCAGUAGUCUUCGUAAACAUGCUGGAAUUCAUACCGGAGAGAAACCUCAUUGCUGUUCCGAAUGUGGUAAAAGAUUCUUACAAUUGUGCCAACUUCAACGACACAACAGAAUUCAUACUGGAGAGAAACCCCAUUGCUGUCCACAAUGUGGGAAACGAUUCUCACAAAUAAAUGGUCUUCACAGCCACACAAGGACCCACACUGGAGAAAAGCCGUAUUGCUGUUCUGCAUGUGGCAAGCAUUUUUCUGAUAGUAGUAGUCUCCAAAGACAUACAAGAAUUCACACCGGAGAAAAGCCCUAUAGCUGCUCUGAAUGUGGUAAAAGAUUCUCUGACAGCGGCACUCUUCUGCAGCACACACGUAGCCACACUGGAGAUCGACCCUAUUGCUGCUCUGAAUGUGGCAAAGGAUUUUCACGAAUUAGAAGCCUUCACAACCACUCAAAAAGCCACACCCGAGAGAAUGCUCAUUCUUGAUCUGACUGUGGGAAAAGAUUCUUACAAAUAUGCCUUCUACAACAGCACAUCAGAAUCCAUACUGUAUUCAAAAACUGUAGUGUUGUCCUGAAUGUGGUAAACUAUUCACUGACAGCAGUAGCAUUCAUACCCAGAAAUAAAUCCAUACUGCUGAAAAAUAAACUAAUAAUUGUUCUGAGGGUGGGAAGAAUUUCUCAGAGAACAGCCACUUAAGAAUCCAAACACAACAUUAGAGAAUGUCAAACUGAAAUACGACAACAUGUGAAAUGAAAUCGCUUGAAUUAUGCCAGUUUGUUUUGGGACCAUUAGCGUUUGUUAUAUGGAAAAUCCAAGCUCAUGUAGAAGUCUUGCCGGGGAUAAUGCAAACAUGACCGUCGUGGCCAAAAGUCCUGAGAAUGACCCACGUGUUGGUGUCCACCACGGUUGCAGCUUCAGUGUUUUUAGAUCUUUUUGUCAGAUGUUUCUUUGGUAUACUGACGUAGAAUUAAGAAUUUCAGAAGUUUCAAAGGCUUUUAUUGACAAUUCCUUGAAGUUUAUGGGCAUAGUCAAUAUGUGCAGUAUUGGCUCUGCUUUCAGGGCUGCAGUUCAUACCCAGUUGCAAAGGCAGCAACGGACAGGAUGGGCUGGGUGCAAAACUGUGAGGUGUUUAUUCAGAGUUUGGGGUGCAGUACAAGAUAGCCUCCAAUAAAAUAAAAAUGGUCAUUAGACACGAUCUUGUCAAGUGCAAUCAAUUGAAUGAAAAAUGGCAGAGGCUGAUGUUCCCACAGCUAGAACCCCUGGCACAAAAAUAUAUAUUAAUCACAGAGCAACCAAAUCGGUCACACUUGGCCACCUCAGGCUUGUUCCAGGGUAAUCAUUGCCAGAUUGUGAAGUAUUCUCCUCCCUCACUAACACAGCAGUGCUCCUAGUCAAGGUAAAUGGUGGUGAGGCCCUGUAGUAAGGACCUCUAGCUAGAGGAUCCAAAUACAUCUGAGCAGCAGACUUCUUAUACCGUUUUAAUGCCCCCCACCCAUCAGCAUUCAACCACCAUCUGCCCCAUUCUCUCCCAUCAACAGGGUCUUGACCUCAAACUGAUCUUGCACCCCCCUUUUAAACUGGGAGAAAGAGGGGAAGUAACUAGAAUUGUCUGCAGUGGCGACAGCGAUUACCUAAACACAAGCAACCGCACAACACUCACACGUGGGGUUGGCCACCUUACCGUAAUGGUGGACACAACAGGAAGUGCACUAAAAAUAAAAUUUACACUUAAAAAAAAAAAAUAAAUAAAAAUAAUAAUAAUAAUAAUAAUAAUAAUAAUAAUAAUAAAUAAAUCUCCACAAGCUUAAGAGGUGGUGAAAGUGCUGCCUAGAAGAGGGGCCACAUAUAUUGGGGAGUAGCAGUGUUGUGAAGGGUGGGUUUAAGGGAAUUCUCUACCCAAAAAAAAAA